UUUUCUCUUAAAAAUACAAAAAAAAAAUAUAUAUAUAUAUAUAGUUGCCUGAAAAUUAAGAAAUUGCCGGAAAAUCAAGAAAGUAGCGGGAAAUAUUUACUAUGGAUUUGAUUAAUUUUGAAGCAACCGAGUUAAGAUUAGGGUUACCGGGGUCGACCGAUGAGUGGGAUAAAAAGUCAACGGCUUCGCCCGUGAACACCAAUAAAAGAAGCUCGUCAGAGAUGGGUUCGAGUAUCUCCGAUGAAACCGAUUCGUCAAGAUCUCCACCACCAGCCAAGGCACAAAUAGUGGGAUGGCCGCCGGUGAGAACUUGCCGGAAAAAUAUAAUUCAGGGAAAGAAGAGUGAACCGGAGAUGGGUUCCGGGAUGUAUGUGAAAGUAAGCAUGGAUGGAGCUCCAUACUUGAGGAAAGUUGACCUAAAAGUGUGCAAAAGUUAUGGUGAACUAUUGAAGAGUUUGCAAGAAAUGUUUAAGUGCAGUAUAGGGUUGUACUCUGAGAGGGAAGGGUACAAGUCUGAAUAUGCACCUACUUAUGAAGAUAAAGAUGGAGAUUGGAUGCUUCUUGGAGAUGUACCAUGGGAUAUGUUUCUUACAUCUUGUAGAAGACUUAGGAUCAUGAAAAGUUGUGAAGUUAUAGAGAGUUAAAAGAGUGUUUUCUAUAGGUCUUUUUUUCUUCAAGAAAUAAAACUAGAAAGCCAUUUAGGCUAUGAACUAGUGGCUAAGAGAAAUUAUCUCUUGUGAGGAGAUUAAGGUUCAAUUCUUAGGAGAUGUAAGUAUUUAAAGGAAAAAAAUAGCCGUUAAAAAAUAAAUAAAACCACAAAAGAGGAAAAAUAAAAAAUUAUAUGUGUACAUAUGAUCAUGUAAUUUUUCUUUAUAUAUAAUUUUAUGAUGGUUUCACAAAACCGAGAUAUA